AUGCAGACUCACGAGUAUUUCCAUCGGGGAAAGAUGGUACUUCCUUUGGCAGAAGAAGCCAUUGGUAGUUAUAUGAAUGCUCCACCCCAUACUUCUGCAUUCAGUCCAGUUUUACCUCCAGGUGCGAGGCAGAUAAUGCCCUUUGAAAGGUUUAACUUGCAUCCCUCUAAGGUUUGCCCCGAGAAUUUUGUUGUCUUGGAUCAAACAGAUCAACAAAACAGGGUUUUGUUCAACCCUGCGAUGACCUACAAGUUUAACAGUCCUGGCUUCAACUUCAACACUCAUGCAUAUACACAAGAUUUUGAAAAAGACAAAAUUAAUCAAAUGGAAAGGGAAUUGUCAUCUUCUUUUGAAGAGGACUCGAAGGACAUUGAUGCGUUGAUGAGCCUAGACUCAGAUGAGCUAGAAGAUUAUGAUGAAGAAGAAGUUAGCACCGCAAGGACUCAUGAAAAGGAUGAAAGUACAUCUGAUACUUGCUCGAGCUAUUGCAUGAAAUCAAGGAAGAAGAGAUUGUUAUCAUCUUCUGUACAAACAUCAGGCACCAAAGGUUACUGCAGCAGCAGUGAAAAGAAACAACACCUUGAGAUGAAGAGGAUGGUGAAAAUAUUGAGAAAUAUUGUGCCUGGCGGAGGCAACGAAAUGGAUACCGUCACCGUUUUGGACGAAGCUGUAAAAUACCUCAAGUCUCUCAAGGUUGAAGUGGAGCAAUUCGGAGUUGAACAAUGA